GGAGUAGCAUUGGCCAGUUGGGUUCUAUGAAACAGCACUAAAAUUAAUUAAAGAUGGGAUGAGGCUUGAAACUAUGCACUCCACCUCGGCUGCCCCAUGCCCAUGGCAAGUAUGCUAUUACCCCAUCCCUAACCGCUACCAAUUCCAUCGACAACCUCUUCAUCUCUCUACCAAACCAACUACCCCCAUUUCUUCACCUCUAAAUUGCCAGACCCACUUUAGAAAUAACCCUUUCCUCACUCUCCCCUCUACAAACAGUUGCAUUAGUGAUCAACACAGAAAGAAUCCAGAUGACAAGCGUGAAUUUUCGCAAGAGUUUUGUUCUUCGAUCGAUGAAAACGGUGAAAUAAACAAAACCCAGAGAAGGAAGAGUCCAGAAGGUAAAGAGGAAGCGGAGAGAGAAGCCAAGGGCAGGUCGAGCCUUUCGACAAACAUGUGGUGGGCAGACUUCAAAGGAGCGUUGGGGCAGAGGAUUAACCUGGAAGGCGUCGUUAGUUCGGUGUCGGUGCUGGCGAGGGACCGGCACCUGGCGCUGCCGCACGUGUCGGUACCGGAUAUAAGGUACAUUGAUUGGGAUGAGCUGAGGAGCAAGGGUUUUCGAGCUGUCGUGUUUGACAAGGACAACACUAUUACUGUUCCUUACUCUUUGAGGUUGUGGGGGCCUCUUGGAUCCUCUAUUGAACGAUGUAAAUCGGUUUUCGGUGACGAUAUCGCCGUGUUCAGCAAUUCUGCUGGGUUAUAUGAGUUUGAUCCUGAUGGGAGGAAAGCUAGAGCUGUUGAGUAUGCUAUUGGCAUUAAAGUAAUAAGGCAUGGGGUAAAGAAGCCUGGUGGAACAGCUGAAGAGAUCGAAAAACACUUUGGCUGUGAAUCAUCACGACUCAUCAUGGUUGGUGAUCGUCCCUUCACGGAUGUUGUUUACGGGAACAGAAAUGGGUUUUUGACUAUUUUGACUGAACCAUUGAGUCUUGCGGAGGAGCCUUUCAUCGUUAAGCAGAUUAGGAAACUUGAAGUUGCUCUUGUGAACCGGUGGUCUAAGAGAGGGUUGAAGCCUACAAGUCAUGGGCUACUCCCAGAUGCUGGCUGCUGUGUGAAAGAUCCGCCACCUUUGUAAGAAAUGUUGGGUAGUGAAAACUUAUGCGUUUUGUAGCUAUUGACAAUCUUUUUUUAUGUACCACCGUUAUAUUGUCUAUGGGACUCCAUGAAAGUCAUUUUCGUUGAGUGCUUAAUCAACAUUGGCCAACCACAGUUGGAAUUUUUGAAAGAAAGGUAGCGAAUGGAAAAUCCUAGCUAAGAAUGUCAACUAUUCAUCCUUUAUUGGUC